AUGGAUUACAUUUCCUACAGUGGCGUCCCGAGGUUCUUGACGAGGCCCAAAGCCUUCGUGGUCUCCAUGGGCAAAGAUGCCACCCUGAGCUGCCAGAUCAUUGGCAACCCCAUCCCGCUGGUGAGCUGGGAGAAGGACAAACUCCCCAUCCAGACAGGAGGACGCUUCAAGAUGGUAGAAGAUGAUGACCUUUAUCGUCUCACCAUCUACAACUUGAGCUUGGAGGACAGCGGUCAGUACAUCUGCCGGGCCAAGAACACCAUUGGGGAAGCCUUUGCCGCCGUCAGCAUCAAAGUUGGCGAGCAGACCACCGUCACGGAAUCGGCCCCCUACUUCAUCCAGAAGCCCACAUCCAUCCGAGUGAUCAUGGGUGAAGAUGCCAUGUUCAAGUGCAUUGUCCAAGGUAGCCCUCCUCUCGCCAUCAAUUGGGAGAAGGACGGGAAGCAUCUGGGCAAAUCAUCUGACUCCAACCGGAUCCAGAUUGAAACCCAGGGUGAGAAGAACGCUCUGAAGAUCCAAAGUACUCGUUUGGGAGAUAGCGGAACCUACACUUGCCGUGCAGAGAAUCCUUUAGGAUCCUCCAGCGCGGCCGCUGCGUUGCUGGUAGAUCUCCCAGAUUCGUACAGCCCAGGCAGCACGAGACACAGUAUAGAUGACAUUGGUAGCAAGACAUCUCCGUUGUUGUCCCACAUGCAGAAAAGGCGAGAAGAAAUCCGGAAGAGCGAUUUGCCCAACGGACUCCGAGGCGAUGGAGGUUCAUAUUAUCGGGUCACCACCCGAAGUUUCACUGUCACUGAGGGCAAGCAUGCCAAAAUGAGUUGCUACGUAACCGGAGAACCAAAACCGGAGACGGUUUGGAAGAAGGAUGGAGAGGUGAUCCUGGAGAGCCGGAGACACAUAAUUUACGAGGACGAGCAAGAGAAUUUUGUCUUGAAGAUCCUCUUCUGCAAACAGGUCGAUAAUGGCCUCUACACCUGCACAGCUUCAAAUUUGGCGGGUCAGACCUACAGUUCUGUGUUGGUAACUGUCAAAGAACCGAGAAUACCUUUCAAGACAAAACUCCAAGAUUUGGAAGUUCGGGAGAAGGACUCAGCGAUCUUCGUGUGUGAAGUGCCUCGUUCUGACGUGGAGACCACUUGGUUCAAAGAGGAGACCAGACUUCAACAGAAUGACAAGUACAAGAUUGAAGAAGAUGGGCUAUGCCGCAAACUCACAAUCCAAAAUGUCACUAUGGAUGAUGAUGCUGUCUACAUUUGCGAGAUGAAGGAAGGCAGCAGAACCAUCGCUGAGUUGAGCGUUCAAGGCAACAUUAUCAAGAAGCUGCCAAGGAAAACGGCUGUCAGUAUAAAAGACACUGCAGUGUUCUGCGUGGAACUGGAACAGAAGUGCGAGAAGUUCCGAUGGUUCAAGAAUAAGGAGGAAUUAAAAUCCAGCGGCCGCAUUUCAAUCUCCUCCGCGGAUAGAGAAUAUACCAUGACCAUCCGGGAUUGUCAAAUGGAAGAUGGAGGAGAAAUUGUCUUUGUGGCUGAUGAAUGUAGAACAUCCACGCAAUUUACUGUCUCUGCUCCGAAGAAGCCCCCAUCACAUCCUCCAGCUGACCCAGUUGUGAAAAAUAAAACAGAAACCUCAGUGAUGUUAGCCUGGUCUCUUCAGAAGACGGACCGGCCUGUCCCAAUUGAUGGCUACCUUGUUGAACGUAAGAAGCUGACUGGAUUCGCGUGGCUGAGGUGCCACCAAGCUUUGGUUACCCAGACUGAGUUCACGGUCAACAACAUGACUGAAGAGGCUGACUACCAGUUCCGAGUUUCUGCAGUCAACAAGUAUGGCCAAAGUGAUUAUCUGGAAUUUCCUGGAGUCUGGCAUCUUGAACCUACCCUGGCAGUAAAAACCCCUCUGAGAAACGUUGAAGUUGCACCAGGGAGAGAUGCAACCUUCACUGUGGACCUCACCACCCCUAGUCCCGGCUCGUGGUACAUCAAUGGCAAUCUUGUGCAGAACAGUGACAAAUACAUAAUUACGAGAACCAAAGCCAGCCACAGUUUAAUCCUUAAGCGGGUCACCAGUGCUUUCAAGGAUGCGGAGGUGAAGUUUGUAGCCAAGGAUAUUGAAAGCAUUGGAAGAGUUACCUUGAAAGAUGAAGUGGCCACAUUUGUCAAUGACUCAGCCCCUGGGAUUUCGGUCAACCUUCAUGAGAGGUUUGAGCUGGUUUGUGAGGUGUCCUCGGCCACUGAUGCGGUCUUGUGGAGAAAGGGGAAGAAGGACAUCAAGCCAGAUCAAAGGGUGACAUUUUCUGUUCAGGGAAAACAGAGAAAACUGAUUGUCCAAAACGCCAUCAAGGAAGACGAAGGGGUUUAUAGCUGCGAAUCAAAAGAUGACCGACUAUCCUUCCAGGUUGAGGUCAAAGAGCCUGCAGAGGUCUUUUUCGACAAGGAGAAAGUCCAGAAAGAAAUCAGAGCUAUUCUUUCCGAAAACGCCUUUCUCAGCUGCGAAAUAGCCCAGCCCGCAAUGGAAGUGAGAUGGUUCAAGGAUGGGAAACUCAUCAUCCCAAGCAAGAAAUUCAAAAUUGAAACAGAAGGGAAAUCUCGCUGGCUGAUUAUCCGACAAGUUGACAGGAAGGAUGGAGGUCAAUACACCUGUGAAGCAGAUGGCCAGAAACUGGCCUUCAAAGUGAUUGUAACAGAUAGAGAGGUUGAGGAGAUAUUUGUCAACCAGCAGAGGGUCCAGAAGGAGAUAAGGACUGUGGCUUCAGAGAACAUCUCUCUCGUUUGUGAGGUGGCCCAGACCAAGACAGAUGUCAAGUGGUUCAAAGAUGGGAAGCUGAUCACCGACCCCAAGAAGUUCAAAAUAGAAGAACAAGGUGGAUCCCGUCGUCUAGUUGUUCAACAGGUGGAGAAGAAAGAUGCAGGUGAAUAUACCUGUGAAGCUGAUGGCCAGAAGCUCACCUUCCAAGUCACAGUUGCAGAUGAAAAGACUAAAGAAGUCUUUGUCAACCAGAAGAAGAUCCAGAAGGGCAUAAGGACUGUGGCUUCAGAGAACGUCUCUCUCAGUUGUGAGGUGGCCCAAACCAAGACAGAUGUCAAGUGGUUCAAAGAUGGGAAGCUGAUCACUGACACCAAGAAGUUCAAAAUAGAAGAACAAGGUGGAUCCCGUUGUCUGGUUGUUCAAGAGGUGGAGAAGAAAGAUGCAGGUGAAUAUACCUGCGAAGCUGAUGGCCAGAAGCUCACCUUCCAAGUCACAGUUGCAGAUGAAAAAAUUAAAGAAGUCUUUGUCAACAAAGAGAAGGUACAGAAGGACAUCAAGGCUGUAGCUUCAGACAACAUCUCUCUCAGUUGUGAAGUGGCCCAGGCCAAGACAGAAGUGAAAUGGUUCAAGGAUGGGAAAUUGAUCACCUCCAACAAAAAAUUCAAGGUAGAAGCAGAAGACAGAUCCCAUCAUCUGGUUGUCCAGCAGGUGGAGAAGAAAGAUGCAGGUGAAUACACCUGUGAAGCAGAUGGCCAGAUGCUGAACUUCCAAGUAACUGUAACAGAUAAAGAAGUUCAGGAGGUGUUUAGCAACAAGGAGAAGAUCCAGAAGGACUUCAAGGCUGUGACUUCAGAGGAUGUCUCUCUCAGCUGUGAGGUGGCCCAUGCCAAGACAGAAGUCAAAUGGUUCAAGGAUGGGAAACUGAUUACCUCCAACAAGAAAUUCAAGAUGGAAGCAGAAGGCAAAUCCCGGAGUCUGAUUGUUCAACAGGUGGAGAAGAAAGAUGGCGGUGAAUACACCUGUGAAGCUGAAGGCCAGAAGCUCACUUUCAAAGUCACUGUAACAGACAGAAAGGCUGAGGAGGUGUUUGCCAACAAGGAGAAGGUCCAGAAGGACAUUAGGGCUGUGGCUUCAGAGAAUGUCUCUCUCAGCUGUGAGGUGGCCCAGGCCAAGACAGACGUCAAAUGGUUCAAGGAUGGAAAACUGAUCACCUCCAGCAAGAAAUUCAAGGUGGAAGCUGAAGGCAGAUCCCGGCGUCUGGUUGUCCAGCAGGUGGAGAAGAAAGAUGCAGGCGAAUACACCUGUGAAGCAGAUGGUCAGAAACUCAUCUUCAAAAUUACAGUUGCAGAUAGAGACGCUGAAGAGAUGUUUACCAACAAGGAGAAGGUCCAGACGGAUAUCAAGGUUGUAGCUUCAGAGAAUGUUUGUUUCAGCUGCGAGGUCGCCCAGGCCAAGACAGACGUCAAGUGGUUCAAGGAUGGGAAACUGAUCACCUCUAGCAAGAAAUUCAAGCUAGAAAAAGAUGGUAAAUCCCGGUGCCUGGUUAUACAACAGGUGGAGAAGAAAGAUGCAGGUGAAUACACCUGUGAAGCUGAUGGCGAGAAACUGAACUUCAAAGUCACAGUUGCAGAAGCUGAGGAGAUGUUUACCAACAGGGAGACGGUCCAGAAGGACAUCAAGGCUGUGGCCUCAGAGAAUGUCUCCCUCAGCUGUGAGGUGGCCCAGGCCAAGACAGACGUCAAGUGGUUCAAGGAUGGAAAACUGAUAACCUCCAGCAAGAAAUUCAAGGUGGAAACUGAAGGCAGAUCCCGGUGCCUGGUUAUACAACAGGUGGAGAAGAAAGAUGCAGGUGAAUAUACCUGCGAAGCUGAUGGCCAGAAGCUCACCAUCAAAGUCACAGUUGCAGAAGCUGAGGAGAUGUUUACCAACAAGGAGAAGAUUCAAGAGGACAUCAAGACUGUUCCUUCAGAAACUGUCUCUCUCAGCUGUGAGGUAGCCGAGGCCAAAACAGAAGUCAAAUGGUUCAAGGAUGGGAAACUGAUCACUACCAGCAAGAAAGUCAAGGUAGAAACAGACGGUAGAUCCCGGCGUCUGGUCGUUCAACAGGUGGAGAAGAAAGAUGCCGGUGAAUACACCUGUGAAGCUGAUGGCCAGAAAGUUAACUUCAAAGUCACGGUUGCAGAUGCAAAAGCUGAGGAGAUGUUUACCAACAAGGAGAAGAUCCAGAAGGAUAUCAAGGUUGUAGCUUCAGAGAAUGUCUCUCUCUGCUGCGAGGUCGCCCAGGCCAAGACAGAUGUCAAGUGGUUCAAGGAUGGGAAACUGAUCACCUCUAGCAAGAAAUUCAAGGUGGAAGCUGAAGGCAGAUCCCAGCGUCUGGUUGUCCAGCAGGUGGAGAAGAAAGAUGGUGGUGAAUACACCUGUGAAGCUGAUGGCCAGAAACUCACCUUCAAAGUUUCAGUUGCAGAUGAAAAAGUUAAGGAAGUGUUUGUCAACAAAGAGAAGGUCCAGAAAGAUAUCAAGGCUGUGUCUUCAGAAAAUGUCUCUCUCAGUUGCGAGGUGCCUCAGUCCAAGGCAGAAGUGAAAUGGUUCAAGGAUGGGAAACUGAUCACUGUGAGCAAGAAAUUCAAAAUAGAAGCACAAGGUGGAUCCCGUUGUCUCAUUGUGCAACAGGUGGAGAAGAAAGAUGCAGGUGAAUACACCUGCGAAGCUGAUGGCCAGAAACUAACUUUCAAAAUCACAGUUGCAGAAGCUGAGGAGAUGUUUACCAACAAGGAGAAGGUCCAGAAGGACAUCAAGGCUGUGGCCUCAGAGAAUGUUUCCCUCAGCUGUGAGGUGGCCCAGGCCAAGACAGACGUCAAGUGGUUCAAGGAUGGGAAACUUAUCACUGCCAGUAAGAAAUUCAAGGUGGAAGCAGAAGGCAAAUCCCGGCGUCUGGUUGUUCAACAGCUGGAGAAGAAAGAUGCCGGCGAAUACACCUGUGAAGCUGAUGGCCAGAAGCUCACUUUCAAAGUCACUGUAACAGAAGCCGAGGAGAUGUUUGCCAACAAGGAGAUGUUUGAGAAGGACCUCAAAGUUGUGGCUUCAGAAACAGUCUCUCUCACCUGUGAGGUGGCCCAAGCCAAGACAGACGUCAAAUGGUUCAAGGAUGGGAAAUUGAUCACCUCCAACAAGAAAUUCAAGGUGGAAGCUGAAGGCAGAUCCCGGCGUCUGGUUGUCCAACAGGUGGAGAAGAAAGAUGCUGGUGAAUACACCUGUGAAGCUGGAAAACAGAAGUUGACCUACAAAGUUUUUGUUGAAGAAGCUCCUGAAGUCUUUACCAAUAAGGACAAAAUAAAGGAGGAAGUAAAGGCCGUCCUGAAGGAGAAUGCCAUUUUGACCUGCCAGGUGGCCACUUCGGACACUCAAGUGAAAUGGUACAAAGAUGGACAACCCAUCCUCAUCAGUAAAAACAUUAAGAUGGAGUCAGAUGGAACCACCCGCAAAUUGUAUCUGGAGCAAGUGGCGACCAAGGACGUCGGACAGUAUACCUGUGAAGCAGGUGGUCAGAAAGUGACCUUCAAGGUGGAAGUAACAGAACCAGAGGUCAAACUCCAAAGAAAAGUCGCUCAGGAGGAGACCAUUGUUGCUCAGGAGCACAAGGAGGUUGUCUUCUCCACUGUGGUAUCACCUGAGGAUGCUGAGGUCAAGUGGUUUAAGGAUGGAGUUGAGAUCCAAGAUGGUAAGAACUAUGUGGUUAAGAAGGACAAGGCGGCUAGGACCUUGAUUGUGAAGACAGCCGAAACUAAAGAUGCUGGUCUGUACACCUGCGAAGUUAAGAGUGAGAAACAGCAAUUCCAACUCAAGGUGGAAGAAGUGCCGGUUAAGUUUGCCAAAAAGCUGGAGCCCGUAAAAGCUGAGGUCGGAAAGGCUUUGAGCUUGAGUUGUGAACUCAGCCAGCACGAAGGAACAGUUGUGUGGCGCAAGGACGGAGCAAUCCUCAAACCCAGCAGGCGCUACAUGAUGCAAGAAAUUGGUGCCAAGAGAGUGCUGAUAAUCUCUGGCUUGCGGGCUGAGGACAAGGGAGAAUAUUCAUGUGAGACAAGGAAUGACCAAUGCACCCUUCAAGUCACACCCACAGUGCCUCACAUUGUGAAGUUUAUCAAGGGCCUCUCCAAGGUUGUGGCAGAAGAAGGCAAAGAGGCGGUUUUUGAAUGCACCGUUUCCCCUAGCGACACACCUGUAAAGUGGAGCCACCGCGGCACCCCGAUUGAAGCCAGCAAGAAAUAUGUCAUUUCUCAUCAUGAUGCCCAUCAUAGCCUCACUCUCACUGACCUGACGGUACAAGACAGUGGGGAAGUCACAGCUGAAGCCGAGGGAGAAGAGAGUCGGGCCCACCUCCGAGUGGAAGAAGCCCCGGUGUUAUUCGUGAAGAAGUUGGAGGCCAAAGUUGUAGAAGAGAAGCAGACGAUUGUGCUCGAAGUUGAGCUAUCCAAGCCGACCCCCGAGGUGAAGUGGACAAAGAACGCGAGUGCCCUUCACCCAACGGCCAACCUGGAGAUCCAGGCACAGGGGACAAAGCACUGCCUGGUGAUCAAGAGUGCAUCCUGUGACGAUCGUGGUUUUUAUUCCUGCGAGACCCUCCAUGACAAGACACAAGCCAAGGUCACUGUAGACAUGAGACCCAUCAAACUGAUCAAAGGCUUGCAGCCAACAGAUGUUCACGAGAAGGAAUCAGUAACUUUUGAGGUGGAAUUGUCCCAUGAAGACGUGGAAGCAGUUUGGAUGAAGGAUGGUCUCCGUCUCAAGCCUCAGGACAACUGCCAGAUAUCCAUCCAAGGGAAGAAGCACUCACUGACACUCUCAUCCUUGACAUUGGAAGAUUCAGCUCUUAUUUCCUUCAAGGCUGAAGGAAUUCACACCACAGGCAGGCUUAAUGUGAAAGAAUCCCCUGUGAAAAUCAUCACACCUUUAAAAGACCUCAAAGUUCAGAACAAGGAUGAUGUAACUCUUGAGUGCGAACUUUCCAGGCCCAAUGUGGAAGUGAAGUGGCGUAAGAAUGGAGUGGAGAUCCGGCCAAGUAAAAAGAUGUCCAUCGCUUCCAGAGGAACAAAGAGAAGCCUCAUCAUUCAUACAUGCGAAUAUGAAGACCAAGGAACAUACAUGUGUGAUGCGGUAGAUGAUAAGAGUUCAGCUGUUUUGGAGAUCCAUGCCCGGGACAUCAAGAUUGUAAAACCAUUAGAAGACGUGGAAGUGAAUGAAAAAGAAAGUGCUUCUUUCCUCUGCGAGAUUUCACAUGAUGACGUCCAAACCCAGUGGUUCACUAACGAAAACAAAAUCCGGGCUGGAGAGAACAUCAAACUACGUCAGGAAGGGAAAAGUCACACGCUGGUUUACCGCAGUGUGGAGUUGCAGGAUUCAGCAGAAAUAAAAUUUGUGGCUGAAACUGCAGAAUCAAGAGCUCAACUUAAAGUCAAAGAACUACCAGUCAAGAUCAUUAAACCCCUCCGGGUGAAAAUCGCUAUCGAAAGACACCGAGGUUUUAUGGAGUGCCAAGUGUCUCGUCCAAAUGCUAUUGUUAGGUGGUUCAAGGGAGACCGAGAACUCCAUCCUGGCCAGAAGUUCGAGAUGGUGAGCGACGGGAUCUACCGGAAACUUAUCAUCAAUGACACAGAGUUUGAGGAUGAAGGGAUUUACACGUGUGACGCCGUGGAUGAUAAGAGCAGUGCACAGUUCUACGUAGAAGAACAAACCAUCAACAUUGUGAAGGAACUGAGAGACGUGGAGGUAGUGGAACCGGCCGAAGCACGCUUUGAGUGUGAAAUCUCCAUCCACUCAGUGAAGCCGCCCAAAUGGUCUCUCCGUGGAGAAGUGCUACAGAAGGGCCCAAAUGUCAUCCUAGAACAAGAGGGGAAAAUCCACCGGCUGAUCUUGAGGAAAACCAAUGUGGACAUGACAGGCACCAUCCAAUUUGCCAUUGGCAAGUCCAAAUCCUUGGCUGAUCUGGUAGUCAAAGAUAUUCCAGUAAUCUUCACCAGACCUCUAGAAGACAAAACAGUCCUGGAAACCCAUUCAGUGGUCCUCUCUUGUGACUUCAAGCCGUCCCCAAAGGAGGUUGAGUGGUAUAGGAAUCACACGUUGCUGGAACCUUCUGAGAAAUUUAAGAUGAAGAGGGAGAAGUUCACAGCAGAGCUCAAAAUCCUGAGGUUGACCGUUGGGGAUACAGGUGUCUACCGAUGCAAAGCCGGAAGUGCAGAGACAAAAGCCACAUUGACCAUUUUGGAACGCAAAGUGGAGAUCACCAAACAUCUGCAGGAUGUGGAGGUUGACGAAGAGAGCUUGGCUACCUUCUCCUGCGAGUUGUCUGAAGAUUGUGAGGAUGUUGAAUGGUUCCUCAAUGAUACCCACCUCUUCCCCAACAACUUCAAUGAGAUAAAACAUUUGGGCAAGUCCCACAGCUUGACGCUGAAGCAUGUCACGCCAGAAGACAGUGGGACAGUGACCAUCAAGGUUCAGAAGAAGAUUUCUGAGAGCACCCGGCUGAAGGUGAAAGAGAAGCCGGCUGUCUUCAUGAAAUCUCUGGACGACAUGGUUGCUCAGGAAAGAAGCACCAUCACGCUGGAGUGUGAAGUCUCAAAACCGAAAGUGAAACCGGUAUGGAAGAAGGAAGGGGUGGAACUGACCCCAGGAGAUAAAUAUGAGAUGCUGCAAUCCGGGAAGACCCUGGGACUCACCAUCCGAGACCUCGGCAAGGAUGAUACUGGAUGGUACAUGUGUGACCUUGGGACAGAUGUCGCUAAAUCCAAAGUCAUCAUUCAAGAGCUGAAUAUCGGUAUUACAAAGCGUCUAAAGAGUGUUGAAGUGCAGGAAGGAGAGAGUUGUAGCUUCGAAUGUGUCCUCUCGCACGAGAGUCUGGAUGGUUGCCAGUGGCUGAUCAAUGGGAAUGAAGUCAGCCAAGGUGACCGAUUCCGAGCCUUCAAUAAAGGAAGAAAAUACACCCUCACAAUCAAGAAAACCUUAGUGACCGAUGCCGGCGAAGUGGUGUUUUCCGUCCGUGAUUUAAAAUCCAAAGCGUCUCUUGUGGUGAAAGAAAAACCAGCUGAAUUCACAAAACAGCUGGAGAACAAGUCCACCUUGGUGGGAAGUGAAGUCAGCCUGAGUUGUGACUUGUCCAGAUGGGACAACAACCUGAAGUGGAAGAAGGAUGGCAAGGACAUUCGGAGGAGUCAAAAAUACGACCUGCGUCAGGAAGGCACCCGGGCGAUUUUAAUCAUCCAUGACACCACAGUGAAAGAUAGUGGAGAAUAUACCUGUGAGAUCGAAUUCUCCAAAACCAAAGCCACGCUAUCGGUGGAAGAAGCUGGAAACUGCUUUGUGAAGGAUCUUGAGGACUUGAAGGUGGAGGAGAACAAGAAUGCCACCCUCACUUGUGAAACCAAGAAACCAACUUCUUCUGUGACGUGGAGGAAAGGCAUCGUUGACCUUCGAGCCAGCCAGAAAUAUGAGAUCAGCCAAAAAGGAACUGUCUUGCAACUCCUUGUGAAGGACCUUAAAGAAAACGAUAGUGACAUCUACACUUGUGACAUUGGGGACAGCCAAUCCAGUGCAAAACUGGUGGUGCAAGGCCUGCCAGUAGUUUUUAACCAAGAACUGCAAAACAAGGAAGCCCAGGAAGGGAGUAAAGUCCGUCUUUCUUGUGAGCUUAACAAACCAGACGUUCCUGUGCAGUGGAUGAAGGGCAAUGUAGUCCUGGAAGCAGGGGACAAAUAUGAAUUCAAGCAACGAGGUCCUGUGGCCGAGCUUGUCAUCCGAGAUGCAAAGCCGUCGGAUACAGGGGAAUAUAUUUGCAAAAGUGGUGACCUGAAGACCUCUGCGCAGGUGGAGGUGACAGCAGCCCCUGCUGUUUUUAAGGAAGAGCUUAAGGAUGUGGAAAAGAAAGAGGGUGAGACGGUCGCUUUGCGCUGCACCCUCGCCGCGCCAGGGGUCACAGUGGCAUGGAAGAAAGGUGCAACUCUCCUUCGGGCGAGCGAGAAGUACGAGAUGAAGCAGGACGGCUGUGUGGCUGAGCUGCUGAUUCACCACGCGCAACCAGAGGAUGCAGGAAAAUAUACUUGUGAUGUGGGAGAGAAGCAGAGCACAGCUCAGAUCAAAGUCCACGCUACGCCCGUCAGUUUUAAAGAAAAGCUGAAGAAGGCUGAAGCUCUGGAAGGCGGAGCAGCUACCCUCCGCUGUGAGUUAAAUAAACCCGCUCCGGUGGAGUGGGUGAAAGGACAAAAAACUUUACGGCCAGGCAGCAAAUACCGAAUGAAGAAAGAAGGUGCCAUCGUUGAGUUGACAAUCCAUGAUCUGGACCUGAAAGAUGCUGGAGAUUAUACCUGCAUUUCUGGAGACCAACAGACGACUGCAGUCUUAACCGUGAAUGCCGUGGCUGCACAAUUCAAAACUCAACUGAAAAACCAGGAGGUGACCGAAAGUGGAACCGCCACUCUGCAUUGCGAGUUGACCAAAGCUGUGGAUUUGGUCGUGUGGCUGAAGGAUGAAAAAGUACUGAAACCGAGUGAGAAGUACCAAAUGAGGUUAGAAGGACGCUUUGCUGAGCUGUCCAUCCAAGAUCUGGAAGUCCCAGAUGCUGGAAGUUACACUUGCAUGUGUGGGGACCAGAAGACCAAAGCAACUUUGAAAGUGAAUGCGCUGCCUGUGUUUUUCCAAGAAGAACUAAAAAACAAGGAAGUGACCGAAGGGGAAUCAGCCACUUUUCAGUGUAAGCUGAAUAAAGCAGCAAUUGUGGAAUGGUACAAGGGAUCUAAGCUGCUGAAACCGGAUAGAAAAUUCCAAUUAAAACAGGAAGGUUCUUGUGUUGAACUGGUGAUCCAAGGAUUGGACGUCACCGAUUCUGGAGAUUAUACUUGCAAAUGUGGAGCCCAGAGGACUACAGCUAAAUUGACCAUAAAUGCCCUGCCGGUCAUUUUCACCAAAUCCUUAAAGGACGAAGAAGCUAUGGAAGGGAAAGAUGCUACUUUCCAGUGUGAGCUGAACAAAAUCUCUGCUCCUAUAGAAUGGAAGAAAGGACACAAGAUCCUUAAGUCAGGAAGCAAGUAUAAAAUGAAACAAGAAGGAAAAAUUGCUGAAUUGGUAAUCCAGAACUUGGAAGUAACAGAUUCUGGAAUCUAUGCUUGUAUAUCUGGAGAAGAGCAAACCACAGCAACUUUAGAAAUCAAGGCUCUGCCCGUUCUUUUCAAAGAAGGGCUGAAGAACCGGGAAGCUGUUGAAGAUGCCACCACUACUCUCCAUUGUGAGAUGUCUAAAGCUGGGGCUGAGGUACAGUGGAAGAAAGGAUCACAAACGCUAAAGCCAAGCGAUAAAUACAGAAUGAGGCAGGAAGGUCCUGUUGCUGAGUUGUUGAUUCGAGGUCUGAAGGUGGUAGACUCGGGAGAUUACUCCUGUUUGUGUGGAGAUCAGAAGACCACAGCAGUCUUGACCGUUCAUGCUCUACCCGUGCGUUUCCAAGAAGAACUCAAAAGCCAAGAGGUAUUGGAAGGAAGAAGCGUUCUGCAUUGUGCAUUAAAUAAAACUGCUGUGGUGGAUUGGAGAAAAGACGCACAGGUGCUCCCGAGUGCAAAAUACAAAUCAAACAGAAAGGAAAACGUUGCAGAACUCACAAUCCAGGACGUGACCGAAGAGGAUGCAGGAGAAUAUUCCUGCAUUUGUGAAGAUCAAACCACAUCGGCUUCUGUCACAGUGCAGCCAUUUCAUGACACAGGUUUCAAAGUCGACUUGAAGAAUCUCGAAGCUGCUGAAGAUGGGGUUGCCACACUGCGGUGUGAGCUGACCAAAACUCCUGCCCUUGUGAAGUGGUGGAAGGGCACUGAGGUUCUGAAGCCCAGCAACAAAUAUGAAAUGAAACUGGAAGGUGCUGUUGCUGAACUGGUGGUCCACUGCUUGCAACUAGCCGAUACUGGGGAUUACAUUUGCACCGUUGGCGAUUCGAAGACUUCAGCUUUCUUAAGGGUGAAUGCCAUUCCUGCAAGGUUCAAGAAAGGUCUGGAAAACCAAGAAGCUACAGAAGGUGGAACUGUUGCUCUCCGGUGUGAGCUGACAAAAACAGCUACGGUGGAGUGGAAAAAGAAACACAAGACACUGCGAGCAAAUGACAAAUACAACUUGAAGCAGGAAGGCCCUGUGGUAGAGUGUAUGAUCCAUAACCUUGAUCUUGGAGACGCUGGAGAAUACUCCUGUGUCUGCGGCGACCAGAAAACCACUGCGGCUCUGGCAGUCUGUGCCCUACCUCCCCAAUUCAAACAGGAAUUGAAGGAUGUGGCAGCCACCGAAAAUGAAACAGCCACAUUGCAUUGUGAGCUCACCAAAGCUGCUCCUGUGGAAUGGAUGAAGGACGGAAACAAAUUAAAAGGAGACAAAUACCAAUUCACGCAAGAAGCAGCUGCCGCCAAGUUGGUGAUCCGUGGUUUAGAAGUUGAGGACGCUGGACGUUACACCUGUAUUUGUGGAGACCAGAAAACUUCAGCUGCUUUGACAGUUAAAGCUCUCAAGCCUGAAUUUACGCAGCGACUGAAGGAUGAGAAAGCGGAUGAGGGCAGUACGGUCAGAUUACGUUGUGAAAUUACAGUCCCUAAAGCCCCAGCAGAAUGGCGCAAAGACGGUGCAAGAAUCCACGCUAGUCCCAAAUAUGAAAUCAGACAGGAUGGGGGCAUCCGGGACUUACUCAUUCAUAACUUGGAACUUCAAGACAGUGGAGAGUAUUCGUGCAUUGCUGGAGAUCAAACCACGUCUGCCACAUUAUCUGUACAAGUCCUGAAACCUGAAUUCACUCAGCGGCUGAAGGAUGAGAAAGCAGAUGAGGGCAGCAAGGUCAGAUUUCGCUGUGAAGUGACAGUCCCUAAAGCCCCAGCAGAAUGGUGCAAAGACGGUGCAAGAAUCCACGCUAGUCCCAAAUAUGACAUCAGACAAGAUGGUGGCAUUCGCGAUUUGCUCAUUCAUGACUUGGAACCCCAAGACAGCGGAGAGUAUUCCUGCAUCGUGGAAGACCAAACCACGUCUGCUACAUUAUCUGUGCAAGCCCUCAAGCCUGAAUUCACGCAGCGGCUGAAGGACGAGAAAGCGGAUGAGGGCAGCACAGCCAGAUUUUGCUGUGAAGUGACAGUCGCUAAAGCCCCAGCAGAAUGGCGCAAAGACGGUGUAAGGAUUCACGCUAGCCCCAAAUAUGACAUCAGACAAGAUGGUGGCACCCACAAUUUACUCAUUCAUAACCUGGAACCCCAAGACAGUGGCGAGUAUUCGUGCAUCGUUGGAGACCAAACCACGUCUGCUACGUUAUCUGUGCAAGCCAUCAAAGUUGAAUUCACGCAAGAGUUGAAGGAUGAGAAAGCGGACGAAGGAAGCACAGCCAGAUUACACUGCGAGGUCACAGUCACUAAAGCCCCUGUAGAAUGGUGCAAAGACGGUGCAGGAAUCCACCCUAGCCCCAAAUAUGAUAUCCAACAGGAUGGGGGCAAGCACGAGUUACUCAUUCAUAACUUGCAACUCCUAGACAGCGGCAAAUAUUCGUGUACCAUUGGUGACCAAACUACAUCUGCCACGUUAUCUGUGCAUGAAGUGGACAUCACCAUCGUCCGGGGACUGAAAAGUGCAGAGGUUUUGGAAGAGGAAGAAGUCAUCUUUGAGUGUGAAGUCUCCCACGACAACGCAAAAGAUGUAGAGUGGAAGUUGCAAGAUUUGUCGCUUCAAAGCAACCAGAUGAACGAGAUCUCAGUCGAGAGAGGACGGGUGCACAAAUUAACGCUCCGCAACGUCACCCAGCAGGAUUCUGGCACAGUCACCUUCCGGGUGGGACCGUACACCUCCACAGCGAGGCUCAGAGUGGAAGCCCCGCAUCCUGACUUUCAACAAGAACUGAGCAACCUAGAAUUGCAAGAAGGCAGCGCAGCUUUCCUGAAAUGUGAAGUAUCUAUGCUCAAUGUCUCUGCCAUCUGGAAAAAAGGCUCGGAAGUCAUUGUUCCCAGCGCCAAGUAUGAAAUCAGUCAGCAGGGAACGACCCAUAUUUUAAAGAUUUAUGGUGUAACUCGAAGAGAUUCUGGAAAAUAUAUCUGCGACAUUGGCCAUGGGAGAAGCAUGGCCACAUUAUCGGUGGAAGCCCUCUCAGUUCGUCCAGCUCUUUUUCAAGUCCAGCUGGAGAACCAGGAAGUCAAGGAAGGGGCAACGAUCACCCUGGCCACUGCGCUUACAAAACCCGAUGUGCCCAUCCAGUGGAUGAAAGGCUCUGCCCAGCUGCAGCCAAGUCACAAGUACGAGAUGAGGCAAAAGGCAUCUUAUGUGGAGCUGCUAAUCCAUGAUGCGCAAGUGGAGGAUGCAGGCCACUAUACCUGUCAAACCGAGGAUCAGCAGACCACCGCCUCUGUGCUUGUCAAAGAAAUACCGGCCACCAUUGAUGAAAAUUUGAAAGACCUCACCGUUCUUGAAGGAGAGGAUGCUGUAUUUCGCUGUGUGAUUUCUCGCGAAAAGGCCAAAAACCUGCAAUGGAGCUUGGCAGGUGUGCCUCUGCAAUCCAAUGAAAUGAAUCAAAUUGGUGUGGAAGGCAAAAUUCACACUCUUAUUCUCCGAAAAGUCACCCUUGAAGACUCCGGCACUGUCAGUUUCCAAGUUGGUCAGAAUUCAACACAGGCUCAGUUAUUGGUGCAAGUUGCACCGAUAACCUUCCUGAAAAAGCUGGAGAAUGCAGAAGUAGCCGAAAACGGCAUGGCAACCUUCCGCUGUCAGCUUUCCAAACCUGGGAUCCCAGUGGAGUGGAGAAAGGGAUCGUCCCUAAUCCAGCCCAGUGAGAAGUUUGAAGUCAAGACAGAAGGCAAUGCCUACAUUUUGAUCAUCCAUGAUGUGGCCCCAGAAGACUCAGGAGACUAUAUUUGCAGCGCAGCUGACAAGAAAACCACUGCUAAGCUAAAAGUUAAAGCUCUGCCGGUGCUCUUCAAAAGAGGUCUGCAGAACAAGGAAGUUGAAGUAGGGAACACUGUGUCAUUGUGUUGUGAGUUGUCCAAGCCGAUGUCACCUGUGGUGUGGAAAAAAGGAAACACGAAGCUUCAGUCGAGUGAGAAGUACGAGAUCAGGCAAGAAGGGAACUUUGCCGAGCUUCUCAUUUAUGACCUGGAAAUUCAGGACGAUGGCGACUAUACCUGUGACUCAGGAGACCAGCAGACCACUGCCACGGUGAAGGUCAAAGUGCUACCCGUAUUCUUUGAAGAAGGGUUGCAAAACAUUGAGUCAGAAACCGGAGGGAAAGCCGUCCUGUGUGGCAAGAUCUCGAGUCCCAACACUCCCGUCGAGUGGCGGAAAGGGUCUGUCAUUCUGCAGCCCAGUGCCAAGUACGAGAUGAAGCAAAAAGGCCCCACGGUUGAGCUGAUCAUCUAUGACUUGGAACCAGAGGACUGUGGAUCGUAUACAUGCAGCACUGGAGACGAGUUGUCCACGGCCUCGGUAUAUGUACAAGAAGAGGAAAUACAGAUAGUUUCUGGUUUAAAGAACAUGGAUAUUUUUGCCGGGGAAUCAGCUACUUUUACCUGCGAGCUCUCCCGAUCUGGAACACAAAACCCACAGUGGUGGCUGGACGGCUCCCCUCUUCACAACAGCACUGCAAAUGAAAUCUCGGUGCACGAUGGGACCACUCACAAGCUGAUCUUAAAAGACCUGGGUCUCAAUGAUUCAGGAACAGUGAUCUUUCGAAUGGGUUCUCUGAUAUCCUCAGCUAAAUUAUUAAUCAAAGAUCCGACCAUUGAGGUGGUCAGCCCCAUGCAGGACCUAACUUUGGAAGAAGAUGGGACGGCGGAAUUCAUCUGCCAGUAUUCUCGGCCAGUGCAGGCUGUCUGGAAGAAGGAUGAUCAACCUCUUUGGGGAGAUGGCCAGCGAGUUGUGGUUGAGCAGGACUGGAACGUGGCCAAAUUGAAAAUCAAGCCGGCUCUUCCUUGUGACACGGGGAUUUACUCUUGUGAAGCCGGAGGGACCAAAGUGGUGGCCAUGCUUGAUGUUCAAGCCAAGAAUACAGUCAUCCAGGGCCUGGAGAAUGUGGAUGCGAUGGAAGGAGGGGAAGCCCUCUUUGAGUGUUAUCUUUCCAAGCCAGAAAUCUACAAUUAUAACUGGCUAAUCGAUGAUGUGCCGGCAAAAACAUCAGAAAACGUGGAACUGGUUUAUUUUGAAAACGGGCUUCGCCAUCUUCUGCUUCUGAAGAACCUCAAAGUCCAAGACAGUUGCAGGGUGACCUUUCAAGCGAGCGAUGUGGUCACAUCUGCUUUCUUGACUGUAAAAGGAUGGAGACUGGAAUUCUUGCAGCCACUGACAGAUGUCACCGUCCGUGCCGGGGAACAAGCCAUCUUCAGCUGUGUGUUAAGUGAAUCAGUGCCCAUCCAUGAGAUUGCCUGGUAUCUUAAUGACGUAGAUAUCCAAACGGAUGAAAAUUGGAGAACUGAAGCUGAAGCAAACACCUACAAACUCAUCCUAAAGAAAGCUCAGCUUCUACAUUCUGGGGAGAUAACCUUCGCUGCCAGAGAUGCCAUUGCGUCUGCAAAAUUGACUAUCAUAGAACCUGUUGAAGUCACUCAGCCUUUGGUUGACCAGUCUGCCACGCAAGGAGAGAGGGCCAAGUUGCAGUGUGAAUUGUCCAGUGAGACCCAAGAGGUGAUUUGGGUCAAAGGGAAAGAACCGAUCCAACCAGGAGGAAGAUAUGAAAUCAUCUCCGAAGGCAAAAAACAGACACUCAUCAUACACGAUUUUAAAUCUGAAGAUCAAGGAUCCUACACCUGCAUCGCCUCACCUGAAAUCAAAACUUCUGCCAAUCUUUCGAUUGACGAGUCAAUGAAGGUAACGGAUGAAGAGGUUCAACCCAGCUUGCCACCUGAAGCCGCUCAGGAAGGGGACCUCCAUCUUCUAUGGGAAGCUCUGGCCAAGAAGCGGAGGAUGAGUCGCGAGCCGACCUUGGAUUCAAUCAGUGAACUGCCCGAAGAAGACGACAAGCUUCAGAAGAGGAAGAAGGAGGAAAUGGAGAUAACCCAGUACUACUCGGAGGAAUACUCUAUUUGCGACGAAUCUGCAAAAGCUGGAGAAGCAGAUUUCUCCAUCACAAGUUCAGAUGAUGAAUCCAGAGCCGGGACACCUUCCUUAAUCACCUACCUUAAGAAGGCUGGAUCAACUACGGUGAGUGUCAGUCGCAAAGUCGUAGAGAAAGUAGCUCAAGGUCAGCAGAAGGUCAGUGAGGAGCCAUCUCCUCCUGCAGAGUCAACUGAAUUUGAGAUCACCGAAGGCGACUUGGAGGACCCUUCCAUGUCUCAAGCUGCCGUCAAAAUCCAAGCUGCCUUCAAAGGUUACAAAGUGAGAAAGGAAAUCAAACAGCAAGAACGUCCGGUCUUUGCUGAGACCUUCAAGGACUUUGUCGGCAAGAUAGGAGACACCCUCCAUCUAGAGUGCACGGCCCACAGCAAAACAGACAUGACAGUCUGUUGGCUGAAAGACGGGAAUGAAAUUAAGGAUGGGCGGCAUUAUCACAUAGACAAUUACAAUGAUGGGACCUGUUCCUUAAUUAUCGCCGGUCUGGAAAUGAACGACAAGGGCAAGUAUGCCUGCGAAGCCUCCAAUAAAUUCGGCAAGGUCACCCACAGUGCCAAGGUGACCAUCCAACCUCAAGCACCUUCUCGCAAAUCGAAACCCACCAAGAAGCUUCCUGACAGCGAAUCAGAGAGCUCGUCUGGCAGUGAAUUGGACGAUGCUUUCCGUAAAGCCGGACGGAGGCUCCACAAGUUGUUCAAGUCUAAAGUCUCCACCGAGAUCUCCGACGUCGACGAGGAAUUGUUUGUCAGCGCGGACGAGGGAGAGAUUGAGGCAGUGGAUCGUCAGACCUACCGGGAAGACGAACGCUACAUCUACAUCAAGUUUGAAGUUCACUCAGAGGCCAAAACAGCUGCGGUCCGGUUUCGGGAGAUGUUUGCCGCUUUGGGUAUUCCUGUUGAGAUUGACAUUUUGGACCAGGGUCCUAAAAAGAUAGAGUUGCGUAUUGGGAAAGCUGCUUCACCUCCUGCGGGACAGUUGCGGACUUUGGUUCAACGGCCACCGCCUACUCUGCUGACCUCUGAUACUGCUCCAAUCUUCAUCACUGAGCUUCAAAAUCAAGAGGUGCAGGAUGGUUACCCGGUCAGUUUCGAUUGUGUGGUGAUUGGCAAGCCAAUGCCAACUGUCCGGUGGUUUAAAGAUGGCCGCGUUCUUGAAGAGGAUGACCACUACAUGAUCAAUGAGGACCAGGAAGGAUGUCAUCAGCUGAUCAUCACUGCAGUGGUCCCUCUUGACAUGGGGGUCUACCGCUGUGUGGCUGAAAACAGCAUGGGGGUGUCUUCAACAAAAGCUGAGCUACGAGUGGAACUAACCAGCACAGACUAUGAUACAGCUGGAGAUGCAACGGAGACCUCCUCGUACUACAGUGCCAAAGGUUACCUGUCCAGCCGGGAACAAGAAGGAGUGGAGUCAACAACAGAAGAGGAACAGUUGCCUCAAAUCAUGGAUGAACUUCACGAUAUUCACGUGGCGCCUGGAGCCCCUGUUGCCAAAUUCCAUUUAAAAGUGAAAGGUUUCCCUGAGCCUCGUCUCUAUUGGUUCAAAGACGGUCAGCCGUUACACACAAGUGAUCAUCUCCAAAGGACAGACAGCCGCGAAUUUCACGCUCUGGAAGUUGUGCAGGUCACCAAAGAGGACGAUGGCCAGUAUUCUGUCUUCAUCACCAACUCUGCUGGGUCUGCGUAUUCGGCAGCCAGGCUCAUAGUCAAAGGAGCUGGUGAGGACAGACAACCAGAAAAAGACAUUUGUGAACAGCUGGUGCCACCGAGAUUCCUGGAAAGAUUUACCAACAAGAAAGUGAGGAGAGGGGCCAGCAUCACCCUUUCAGUAAAGGUGGAAGGGACUCCAUCACCCUCCAUAACAUGGUUGAAGGAAGAAUCUCAUGGUGAAGACAUCCUCUGGAUCAGGUCGGACACUCCAGGUUAUAAACUGGCCAGUUCCAAUAUGCAGCACAGUCUGAUCUUAUUGGAUGUAGAAAAAACCUACAGUGGAAACUAUACUUGUAUCGCCUCCAAUCAGGCUGGUCAAUCUAUCUGCAGUGCUUCAUUGGAAAUUUUGGAUGUGAAAGAGGCUGAGUCUCUGACACAGGAGCGUGUGAUGGUGACAGAGGCCAUCAUGACGUCAAUUGGAGCUCAAGCUUCUGAAGCUGGAAAAGGAGAGCACAUGGAAGGAGAAGCAAUUCGGAGUCAGAUUUCUCUAACUGAAGUGGGAACCGAGGAAUUUCUGCAGAAACUGACAUCUCAGAUCACAGAAAUUGUAUCUGCAAAGAUAAGUCAAGCUUCCCUCCGAAUUCCUGGAGCCGAUAGUGACGAUGAAUCAAAAACACCAUCGGCAUCUCCACGGCACGGCAGGUCCAGACCUUCCUCAACUGCUCAGGAAUCUUCCUCCGAAUCGGAUGAAGGGGAUGCAAGGGGGGAGAUUUUUGACAUCUACAUGGUCAUUGCUGACUAUACCCCCAUGGGCUCAGACCGUGAAACCAUCACUCUGAAGGAAGGCCAAUAUGUGGAGGUUUUAGACUCCGCUCAUCCUUUGAAGUGGCUGGUCAGGACCAAACCCACCAAGUCAAGCCCAUCGAGGCAAGGUUGGGUUUCUCCAGCCUACUUGGAUAAGAAGUUAAAGCUGUCGGCAGAGUGGGGCGUCCCCGAUGUUCCAGAGUUCCAUGGAGAAUCCGUUUCAGAGGAUGAAUAUCGGAAGAAAUUAAGCCUUAUCAUUCAAGACCUGUUGGCCACGGAAGAGGAAUACGUCAAGGAUCUUCUGUUCCUCCAAACGCACCACAUCCAGUUCACAGAGACUUGUCCUGCCGUUCCUGUUGUUGUGUCCAACCAGAAGCCCGUUAUUUUCAGAAAUAUUACUGACAUAACACACUUCCAUUCCAACACCUUCUUCCCAGAGCUUCAGAAGUGUGACACAGAUGAUGAUGUGGCCAUGUGCUUCCUUAAAAAUGAAGCCGAAUUUGACAAAUACAUCACCUACUUGGUAGGCCGGAUUCAAGCCGAGUCCAUUGUGGUCAGCAAGGCAGUCCAGGAGUUUUAUAAGCGAUACUCUGAGGGGACAUUGGCCAGUGAGGAUCCUUCCCUGCCACCGAUACUCCCUCUGCAACACUAUCUAGAGAGACCCAUAAACCGGAUCCAGAAAUAUCAAACAACAAUCAAGGACAUGAUCCGAAACAAAGCAAGGAACACUCAAAACUGUGCCCUUCUGGAACAGGCCUACGCCAUUGUUUCUGCACUCAACAGGCGAGCGGAAAACAAUCUUCAUAUUUCUCUCAUUGAGAACUACCCUGGAACUCUGGAAAUCUUAGGGGAACCCAUUCGGCAGGGACAGUUCAUUGUGUGGGAAGGUGCUCCGGGGGCACGCAUGGCUUGGAAGGGACAUAAGCGCCACGCCUUCCUCUUCAAGGGUUACCUGCUCGUGUGCAAGCCAAAACGAGACACGAAGAUGGAUACUUACAGCUAUAUUUUCAAGAACAUGAUGAAGCUAUCUCACAUCGAUGUGAAUGACCUGAUUGAAGGAGAUGACCGGGCGUUUGAGAUCUGGCACGAACGGGAAGAUUCGGUCCGGAAGUAUCUGUUCCAGGCGCGCACCGUUAUCAUCAAAAACUCAUGGGUGAAAGAGAUCUGUAGUAUUCAGCAACGGAUCAGUCUCCCAUUAUGGGAUGCACCUGAUUUUGAAGAGGAACUGGCGGACUGUACAGCGGAACUGGGCGAAACUAUCAAGCUAGCAUGCCGAGUCACAGGAACCCCUAAACCAGGCAUCUCCUGGUAUAAAGAUGGGAAACCAGUUGAAGUGGAUCCUCACCACAUCAUCAUAGAAGAUCCCGAUGGGUCCUGCACAUUGAUCCUUGAUAAUCUGACCGGAGUGGAUUCAGGGCAAUAUCUGUGCUAUGCAUCUAGUCCAGCUGGCAGUGCCAGCACCCUUGGGAAAAUUCUCGUCCAAGUGCCUCCUCGGUUUGUGAACAAGAUGAAACAUGCCUAUUACGCCAAUGGUGAAGACGCACAGUUUACUUGCACCAUUGAAGGGGCACCGUACCCCCAAAUCAGGUGGUAUAAAGAUGGGAACCUCCUCACUGACCCAAACAAGCACCAGAGCUUCAGUGAGCCACGAAGUGGUGUGAUUGUCCUGGUUAUCAAAAACGCCAGUGAGGAUGAUGAAGGUCUUUAUGAAUGUGAGUUGAUAAACAGGUUGGGGAGCGCGAAGGGAGGCGCACAGCUCUACCGCCAAACCACAACAGCCUUGGCCCCAGAGAAGAGACCUGAGCAGGCGAUCACAAUAGAAGUCACUGAACAAGAAACUAAAGUGCCUAAGAAAACCAUCAUCAUAGAGGAAACCAUCACCACUGUCGUGAAAAACCCAAGAACCAAACGGAAGCCAUCUCCUGCCCGUCCGUCUUCCAGCUACGCUCCUCGCUCUCCAGGCUCAGAGUUUGCAACAUCGGAGCCCAUUUAUGUCAGCAAGAUUAGGCAACUUGGUCCCAGGCAUGACCCUGAAGGAGUAGGGAAGACCACCAUUCCUACUCUUUUUGUGACAGACCCUCAGGAGAGGCAAGGAGUUGCAGGCAGGAGUAUCAGCGUAGAAACUCCUCUGGAUGAACAGCGUAAAUGGGUGGAAGUGGAAGAAAUAAUUGAGUUUAAUGUGCAGAAACCAACCCAGAUGUCAAGGAAAAGAGGUGCAUCCCCCGGGCGAUCCGAGAAGGAGGAAUUUGUGUCAGGUUAUUCUCGGCCCACCACGAGACCCAGGCGUUCCUCUGAAGAUGACCCAAAUGUGAAUAAUUCCAACAACAAACAAGUUGAGCAGGUUGAAUCUCCCAUCUCCCGAGAUGUUCAAAGAUCUGGAGAACCAUCGGGGAAUGAAAAUGAAAGCCCUCAUGUGGAGCUAGAAGGAAAGUCACACCUUCAUGAAUCCAGAAGCUGGAUUGACUCAUCUGGGACUACCGUGGUUGAAACAUCUCAGAUGGGCCAUUCCCAAGCUGAGGACUAUGUUGUGGAGGAGUCUUCUCCAGAAGACGAGACUCUUCCAGAUCAAAAAACGACAGUAUAUGGCCCCAGUCGGGGAGACCUAUCCGAUCUUGGCAAUCGCGAAGUAAAAAUCCUUACCAGGAAUGGGAAAGCAUUAACUUUGGAGGACCUUGAAGAUUACGUCCCUGAAGAAGGAGAGACCUACAGAUGCAGCCGUCUUAAUUCCGAAGAAGAUAAGCCUUGCGAGAUAGCCGUUCUCCAGACCGAGAUCAACAAACCCACCAUUGGCAAACCGGUCUUACUGAACGUCGGAAGACCUGUGGCCUCUAAACCCAGGCAAACCUUCUUUAGCAAAUUUGAAGGCCAUCAGCCUGGAAAUAUCUUCAUGUCGGCAUCCAGAGUGACCGAAAUGCAACCUAGAGAUCCCACCAAUGUUUCUUUCCAGAUUGGCGAGUCCCACCGACCAACUUUCUUCACGCAGGUCCAGUUGUCCCCAGAGAGUGGUGCAUCCAAUUUCAAAACCGAAGUCUCCACCCGAAGCUACAGCACUGCCGUAGGAGAAACAGUCACGUUCCACAUCAAGAAGGAUGAUCCUUCCCAGUGUACAGUGCCUCCGCGAUGCUCCGCUAAGGAGCUGGAGCGUCAUGGAGGUGUCGCAGAGCGUCACAGAUGGGUCCUCGAAAUGAUGGCGGAAGUGCCGUGGUUCAGGAAUGAAAGAACAGAGGACAUUUUGGAUUUAACCGGGGAAGCCACCGAGGGCAUCGCGGAGAGGAUCUAUGUCGAUAAAAAAGGAGAAAAGAGUGUCACAAGUCCACCAUACAUGCAGGUGCCCCUUGAAGAUGUCCAGGUUCGGUCUGGGGAAAUGGCCAAGUUCCAGGCCAUCAUUGAAGGCAAUCCUCAACCGGCUGUCGGAUGGUUUAAGGGAAUUUCCUUGUUGCUGGACAGCGAAAGGAUCUACCAGUCCAGUGAAGGGACGAGCUACUCUCUGACCCUCUACAACGCUCGGGCCGAAGAUGGAGGGGUCUACGCUUGCAUGGCUAAAAAUGCUGGAGGGGAGGUGGUCUGCAAAGCAGAGCUGGUGGUGCAGGAAGACAAGAAAAGCCAAGAGGUGAAGGAGAGAAGCCCACGAAGGAAACUUCAUUCUUUCUAUGAGGUUAAACAGGAAAUAGGAAGGGGUUCCUUCAGCAUUCUCAAGAGAGUCAUCCAUAAAGCCAACCGCGUGGCUUGUGCGGCGAAAUUCAUCCCGUUGCGAAGUCGAACGAGAGAACUGGCUUAUCGGGAGAGAGAUAUUCUAGUCCAGCUUUCCCAUGAUCGAAUUACUCAAUUACUGGACCAGUUUGAAACACGGAAGACCUUAAUUCUUAUUUUGGAACUAUGUUCCAAUGAAGACCUUCUGGACCGCUUGUACAAGAAGAACAUGGUGACAGAAGCAGAGGUGAGAAUUCUUCCUCCUGUGUUUUAG